UCACUACAGACAAAACCCACUGGCAAAAACUUAAAAGCUUGCUGAUUUUGCCCCAUUUUGAGUCUAAAAGAAGCCUACUGUUAACUACGCGCUUACUCGUUUCAUGUCACAUCAUCUUUAUCUUGCUUCUUCUUCAUCCGCUGGAACGCGGAGACUUUUGAAGCUCCGGUUUUCAAAGCCAAAGUCAGAUAAAGAAGGUAAUUAGAAGUUAUUUUAAUUGUUUUUACCUUAAAGGAGUGGAAUUUGACUAAAGAGAUUUCAAAUUUUUGUUCGAGAUUGUCAAAGAUGUGAUUUUUGUGUCAAGGGUUCAAACUCCACAGCUUUCCACGUGCGUCAUCUUAUCUUAUUCCAAUUUACAUUUUCCAAAUUUGGUCUGAUCUUGGCUGAUCGCCAAUAAUUGAAAUUCUGGUACAAAAUUAAAAAAAAAAAAUUUAUUUGUUUUGUUUGGUAAUGACAUCAAUGGAACCUCCGGAGCAACAACAAAGCUUUAGCCGGAAAAAGAUGGCCAAACAGUUGACGGCAAAAAGGGAUGACACGCCGUUGCAGGCUUUGGUGAGAGCAGGGAGCUUAGAAGUGGUGUCAGAAAUCAUAUCUAGUAGUGGGGUUUUAGAAUUGAAAGAGUUGUUGUCUAAACAGAAUCAAUCCGGAGAAACAGCACUUUAUGUUGCUGCUGAGUAUGGUUGUGCUGAUCUGGUUAAGGAAAUGAUGAAGUAUCAUGAUAUUGGUUUGGCUAGUAGUAAAGCAAAGAAUGGCUAUGAUGCAUUCCAUAUCGCUGCAAAGCAAGGGAACUUGGAAGUACUGAAGGUCCUCAUGGAGGCAAUUCCUGAACUUUCAAUGACUUCUGAUUCCUCAAACACGACAGCUGUACACACUGCUGCCUCACAGGGCCAUAUAGAAAUAGUUACUUUGCUCUUGGAGAAAGAUAGCAGCAUAGCUACCAUAGCUAAAAGCAAUGGAAAAACUGCCCUGCAUUCUGCAUCAAGGAAAGGGCAUCUGGAGAUUGUGAAGGCCCUGCUGAGUAAAGAGCCUGGAAUUGCAAUGAGGAAUGAUAAGAAGGGCCAGACUGCUCUCCAUAUGGCAGUUAAAGGACAGAGCGUUGAACUUGUAGAUGAGUUGGUGAAGACAGAUCCUUCUUUAGUAAACAUGGUCGAUAACAAGGGCAACACUGCCUUGCAUAUAGCAACCCGCAAGGGUCGGGUGCAGAUUGUAAGGAAGCUGCUGAAUCAUACUGGACUAGACAAAGCUGUUGUUAACAAAUCUGGAGAAACUGCUCUUGACACUGCUGAGAAAACUGGUCACUCUGAAAUUGGAGCCAUAUUACAGGAACAUGGAGUCCUGUCUGCCAAAUUCGUCAAACAACCAACAACAAACUCAGCUCGUGAACUCAAACAAACCGUAAGUGAUAUAAAGCAUGAGGUCUAUGACCAGCUUGUGCACACACGCCAAACACGGAAACAUGUGCAAGGGAUUGCUAAGAGGCUCAACAAAAUGCAUACAGAAGGGUUGAACAAUGCCAUCAACUCCACCACAGUUGUUGCUGUCCUCAUUGCUACAGUUGCAUUUGCUGCUAUCUUCAGUGUCCCAGGCCAGUAUCCUAAUGACCCAGCACAUAUUCCUUCGCAUCUCUCUCCUGGAGAAGUAAAUAUUGCUCCAAAGCUACCAUUUAUGAUUUUUGUCAUCUUCGACUCUAUUGCCCUCUUCAUAUCUUUGGCUGUUGUGGUAGUUCAAACUUCUUUAGUAGUAAUUGAGAGAAAAGCAAAAAAGCAAAUGAUGGCAAUCAUCAACAAACUGAUGUGGUUGGCUUGUGCCAUGAUUUCAGUUGCGUUCCUUGCAAUGUCAUACAUUGUUGUAGGAGUUAAUGACCGGUGGUGGGCUAUCGCUAUAACAGUUAUAGGAACCAUAAUUAUGCUAUCAACACUUGGGACUUUGUGUUAUUGGGUAAUUGUCAACUGUAUACAGGCUUCCAGAUCACAGAGCCUGCGAAGAUCAUCAAUGAACAGUAGGUCAUCACCAUUGUCAGUUAUGUCAGAUUCAGAGUUUCUGAACAAUGAACGUAACAAACUCUAUGCGGUUUAGCCUUGUUUAACUCUUUGUAUAAGAACACUCCUAUGCAUCUGAUGUAUAUAAAAAUAACAUAGUAUCAGCAUUUUGCUUCUAAAUGAAAUAACUAACUGGCAGUUUAUUCU